AUGCUCCGACCACUGGUCGACUCCCUCUACGACUCCUCUCGCGGCUCGACGGACCUCAUCAACCAGGCGCAGAAUGAACUCAGCUUGCUCCUAGCGGUGCUACGAACCGCGGAGACGCAGUUGUCAUUUUCAAGCCACCACGCUAGCCCAGAAAUUCAGAAAACGCUGCAAAGCUGCCACCACGCGCUUCUGGAUUUGCAAAAGCUUCAGGGAAUUGAGGGUGGGGUGGGCCCGCAGGGCCAAAUCUCAGACAUUCGCGCAAGGUUCUCAGACCUGAUCUUCGAGCUUAGUGUGAUGAAUGCCAAUAUGAUGAUAUCGUCGCAAAAUAAUGUUAAUCGCAUCUUGCGAGACUUUACCGAAGAUAUCAAGUCUGGCAAGCGGGAGGCUAAGGUUAUCUCGAGUGCUCUUGAUGAUACUUCUUCGGACAGUGACCGAGAGAGCGCAUGGGGAAAGCUGCAACAAGAGCUGCAAGACGCUGGCAUCGCAACUGAGUUGUCUUCCCAAGAUCGUGAUAUUAUCAUGUCAACUUUUCGAAAAGCUGUAGAUCAAGAGGACCUUCUGAAGAAUAUCACAUCAACACCAGAAGUUGAUGAACCGAUUAAUAGAUUACGGUCACCCGCGGGGCCUUUAGCUGAACCUCAAGCUCUAUCCCAAGAAAAUGGCCAGUCCGACAAGGAGGUUGUGACAGAGAAAGAAGAGAACUUCCCAAUCCCUGUCGCAUUUGAAAUCCAGGACACCGAUGAUACCUCAAAACACGCAUGGGCCACUAUAACCUCGCCUGUAGAUGACUUUCCCAUCCCUGUAUGGACAGAGCCAGGCUUGCAGUCCGGCGACACCGAUAAGCAAGUGGUUUCAGUAUGGCAGCCCGACACUCUGCCGAUUCCUGUGGAAACAAAUAACAGACACAACCGGACUGGAAACAGGACAAGUAUAUCCAGCUCUUCGGCAUCCAGAUCACAACCACCCGCGCCUACUCUUUCACGAGGGAAGAGACCCAGCCUGAUGAGCCGAAUGAAGUUCAAAUUGACAAAAUCUCACGACUUCAUUGCGCUGAUCCAAAUGGGUGGACUAUACUCGAUCAGAUGCGCGCUGGAGAAAGGUGCCAACGUCAACACCACGAAUGAGGAGAACCAGACUGCCCUAAUGGUUGCUAUCUCUUUUCGUCAUGAAGAUGUUGUUUCGUUGUUGUUGGAAUGGGGUGCCAAAACCGAGAAAAUAGGAACUCAUGGCGAGACUGCCUUGGGAACUGCUGCCCUGCGAGGACUCGACGAUAUCGCUCAGCGGCUUCUGUUACAUGGUACCGACCCCGACAGUGCGAAAAACGUAGGAAAGACUGCUCUUUCUCAAGCUGCGAUCUGCGGAAGCUUGAGUAUGACUAGAUUGCUGUUGGAUUGGGGUGCUGAUCCCAACGCGGUCAGUUCAAACGGCGCUACGGCACUGGCUUGCGCAGCUGACAACGGCCGCAUCCAAACUGCUCGGCUUCUACUUGAUCGUGGAGCCCAAGUAGACAAGUGUGGCUACCCUCGCCGGACGCCGCUCUUCAAGGCCGUACAGAGAGGCAACAUUGAGAUGGCGGAGUUGCUUCUUUCGUCUGGAGCGGAUCCGAAUUGCCAAGAUUCCCAUAAACAUUCACCCAUGGCGCUUGCCAUCUCCCUUGACAGGGUUGAGAUGGUCGGGAUAUUCUGUCAGCAUGGUUCUGAAUUUGGUGCCAAUCCUAUUGAUGCUACCCGCAUUUCCCCUCCACCGGCUAGGACUAGCGGUGGGAAGUCUAGUGCUGCUUAUCAGUACUAUUAA